GGACAUUUAUAUCCUACAAUUUGUGCUUCCAUCUAGUGUCAUAGAAUUUUGUAGUUUCUUUAAAUACAUCCUCAUUGUGUUAAUAAAUAGGUGAUGACAGCGGAGCGUCGCGAGUACGGGCGCGGUCACGUGCGCGAGAUGCCGCCCCCGGGCGAGUACUUCACGCCGCCGCCGCCCGAACAUUACUACCCGCCCCAUCCAUCCUACGAGGAGCCCUGGCCUCCGCAGCAGCCGAGCGGGUGGGCGCCGUCGGACAUAAAGGAGCUGACGCCGGGCCCGGGCGGGCCGGGGGCGGGGGCGGGGGCGGGCGCCGCGGGGGGCGGCAUGGGCCCGCCCCCGGUGCUGGGCGCGCCGCACGCGUACCCGCCCGCCUACCGCCACCUGCCGCCCCCGCACCCGCAUCCGCACGCCCUGCACCCCCUCGACCGCGACCGCAUGCGGGAGCGAGACGACCGCCGCGAGCGCAGGGACGAUGAAGAGCGAGAGAGGGAAAGAGACAGAGAACGGGAUCGAGACCGGGAGCGGGAACGUUCGCGUUCCAUCAAACCAGAAAGGAUAAGAGAAAAGUAAGACCCAUUUAACUAAUUGUAAUUUUAAUAUCGAAUAAUUUUACUAACUAAACUAUGAUAACCCUAAAUUUUAUGCAUUUAUUUUUCUAUUAUAGAAGACGCAAGUAAGUUACUGAUUUAAUAUUAUAGACCAUGAAAGAUUUAAAUAUACAAACGUAAUUAAUUUGGUGACUCAGUUAUGUACAGUCAGCACGUCACGCUAUACAACACUCUCAAGUUUCACCAAAUUAAUUUUAAACCUUAUUACAUUGUAGGUCGAGUUUAAAAUUGACAAUCGUGGUAGCCUGACGUGCAGCUAUGUGUACCUAUAAUACGUCUAGUAUGUGCAAUAUUUUACUUUAAAUGCGGUAAAUUACUUUUUCGUUUUAUCUCCUUAUUUUUAGCUAAUCUCGAGUUGUUCCGCAGGUCGUACAGAAGAGAGCGGUCACGAUCUCGUUCGCGACGUCACAAGUCCCGGUCGCGAUCGCCGCAGCUCCGCGAGCGUGAACGCACUCGCGACCGUGAUCGUUCCCGCGAACGAGAGACUCGAGAACGCGAUCGUUCCCGCGAACGUGAACGUUCACGUGAUCGUGAACGCAGUGUCAAGCCUAAAUCUAAAGAAAAAAAGGAAAAGGAUGAAGAAAACUAGAAACCUAUGUUCACUCGUACGGAGUGUUGCAUGUUCUCUUUUAAACUGUACUAUACGAGUAAAAAUAAAAUAGUGUAUAAGUAAAAUUUAUUUGUUUCAUUUCAAUAGUUCUCUUAGGAUUAAUCAACGUAAUGUCGAACCGCAUCAAAGUAAGAGUAGAUACUUCACCAUUUUUCUAAUGAAUGUUCAUAUUUCUACCUAAAAAUUCAACCUAAUCGAUGAUACCAGUAUUGAAUGACAUCUAAUUGCGCUUUCGAGCGGUAUUUUAUUAGUUGUCAAAUUCCGAAAAGAACGGUGAAUACGAACCCAAGUCUUAAGGAUAGUAUGAUAAUGUAAAUUUUUUCGUAAUAUUGGACGUAAAAGCAAAUAAAUAUAAAUUGGACAUCAUCAAAUUAGUGGACGCAAAUGACACUCUUAAAAGAAAAUAUUAAGUAUACCCUUCACGAACUACUUUUUACCAACAGUGUCAUUUUAUGGGUUAUUCCACUAAUCCCCAUCAAUGUUGAUUUGUGAACUUUUUGCCCACUAAUCACUCAUGAUGGGGAUUUGUGGAAAAAAGUUGUUGAUAAAGUUCACAAAUCCCCAUUAUCAUAUAAUAAAGUACUUUGUGCCAUUAUCUUAGAAAUGAAAUACAAGAACAAACAAAACCGAAAUUAAUGAUCAGAUGGCCUAUUCGCUAA